CCUCAUUCAAUUGGCGCGCUUGAUGAUAUGCAGAGAAAUAAUUACCGGUUUUAGAGGAUGAGACUCGAGCCGAAUCUGCUGCUCAUAACUUUUCCGGUCGAAAUCCAACAGAAUGUGAAAUGCGUUUACUGAAUGUUGAGAUGCAAACGCGAAUCCAAUAUUUUGAAGGUUGCAAAACGCGCUUCAUUGGUGAUCGCUAUAUUAGACGCUGUAGCUGCGGUGAACACUCUAGUCUCACUCUCUCUCGUCUCGUCAGAGCAUGAGCACCAUGGAUCGAUCGGAGAGCAGGAAACCCAUCGCUCUUUUCAUGGCUUUUGGUACCAAAGGCGAUGUCUUCCCUCUCGCUGCCAUUGCCGCAGCUUUCGCUCGUGAUCAGCAACAGUACUCUGUGGUUUUAAUGUCUCAUCUGGCUCAUGAGAACCUUAGCUCCCACUUAACCAAAGCGAACGUUUCUUAUUUUCCUACCAAUUCUCCUCCUGCUCUGUCUAGUGAACCUCAGGGUACUCAGGACGCUACAGACUCAGCAACGAUGCUUUUUCUGGAGGGAAAACAAAGGAUAAAAAAGGAACACAGACAAGAGUGUCAUUCUGCAUUCAAAAGCAUUUUCGGAAAGGGUCCUUGUACGGAGGGGGAUCUCGUUGUCAUAAACUUUUUUGCAUUGGAAGGAUGGAGCCUUGCAGAACUUUUCGAAAUCCGUUGUGUGGUAGCUGCUCCUUAUGUUGUUCCGUAUAGUCCACCAUCAGGCUUUGAAAGACAGUUUAGGAAAGAACUUCCGGAGUUAUACAAGUAUUUGAAAGAAGCCCCCAUCGACAAGGUUAGCUGGAGUGAUGUAACUCAUUGGAUGUGGCCUCUUUUUACUGAAGAUUGGGGAUCAUGGCGAUAUGAGGAACUCAACCUAAGUUGUUACCCUUUCGCAGAUCCAGUAACAGACCUUCCAAUUUUGCAUAUCCGGCCGCCAUCUCCACUGGUCCUGUAUGGUUUCAGCAAAGAAAUUGUCGAAUGCCCUGAUUACUGGCCAUUGAGUGUUCGAGUCUGUGGCUUUUGGUUUCUGCCCAACGAGUGGCAGUUUUCAUGCAACAGUUGUGGAGACAGUCCUUCUGCAGGGCGCCUGGGUACAGACGAUUCUCAUACAUGCUCAGUCCUCACUGAGUUCUAUACUUUUGUAUCGUCUUUAGAGCCAGCUCGUCCUAUAUUUGUAGGGUUGAGUUCUGUUGGAAGCAUGGGUUUUGUGAGGAACCCGCUGGCCUUUCUUCGAGUUCUCCAGUCUGUUAUCCAGAUUACAGGCUACAGAUUUAUCAUUUUCACAGCGGGUUAUGAACCUUUAGAUGCAGCAAUUUGGACCAUUGCUCAGGAAUCGCCUUCAAGUGCAGAACGACCGUUACAUGCGGGAAUCUCUAUCUUCAACGGCAAGCUUUUUUGCUUCUCUGGUAUGGUGCCAUACAAUUGGCUGUUUCGAAAAUGUGCUGCUGCAAUUCAUCAUGGUGGCAGUGGUUCUACAGCUGCAGCAUUACAUGCUGGGAUCCCACAGAUCAUAUGCCCAUUUGUGCUGGAUCAGUUCUAUUGGGCAGAAAAGAUGUCUUGGCUUGGGGUUGGUCCUCAACCAUUGAAAAGAAACCACCUGCUUCUGGAGGAAACAAAUGAUGAGAACAUCAUGGAAGCUGCACAAGUGGUAGCAAAAGCCAUAUAUGAUGCACUGUCUGCAAAAACCAAAGCUCGUGCCAUGGAAAUCGCUGAAAUAUUAUCUCUUGAGGAUGGAGUCUCAGAAGCUGUGAGAGUGCUUAGAGAAGAGGUGUGUGAAAUUUCAGGCGGCAACCGAAUAUUUGGAUGAGCCUAGUCAUAGACAACUUAAAGCGUAUCAAGUGAUGGUGAUCAAUGCAUGACUCAAUGUUGGCCACCACUAAAUAACGUCUACGUCUACUAUUUGUGUACACUAUGUUUGUUUUUCCAUUUUACUGAAAAUUAGUUUUGAGUCAAAAUCUGAAUGUUAGAAGAAAAAUUCUAGUUAAUAGGAUACAGAUUUACCCCAAAAUUCAAAGUGAUUAACGAAAAAUGUAAUG